AUCAGUACAAAGCAUACAAAGUAAUGUUGUGACUUGUAUGACGAUAAAAUGAACCAAAAUAAAUUAUUUUUUUUAAAUUUACAUAAAAUAAGUGGAUUUUUUAAGUAACUUUUUACAAUAACUAACUAACAAACAUAUUUUAAUUAUUUACAUCCUAAAAAAAAUUUCUAAUCAUUUAAUUUACAUCGAAUAUUAAAAUUCGAUAUAUGAGUUUAUCAAGUUCAAUAUAAACAAUCAGGUGUAUGGAAUUUAUAAAUUUUAAACUACACAGUGGAUAUGCAUUCAUUACGUACACCAAGAAAAUUUCCUGUUUUUGUAUUUCCGCAGAGUAUUACCUUCUAUUUAGAUGAUCAAUCGACACAUAAACAAGUCCUGACACUUUAUAAUCCUUAUGAAUUUCCAGUCAAAUUCAAAGUUUUAAGUACUUCUCCAAACAAAUACAAAGUUGUUGAUCCUGAGGGAACAAUAAAAUCAAGAUGCUGUGUGGACAUUGUUGUAAGACAUACUGCUCUCCUGGUUGCUAAUUGCAAUGUAGUAGAUAAAUUUAGAAUUCAAAUGCAAGAACACCCGACAAAACAAGUCAUAGGAAAAAGAGAUGUUGAAGCAAAAUUAUUACCAGGGGCCUGUGAUACAGGAAGAGGAACUCCGGAUCCUGAUAUGUUCCAACAGUUACCUCUCAAUGAAAAUAGGCAGCAAAGGAAUUAUUCUUUAGCUUCUCAAUCACGGACAAUAGAAAGGGGAACAAAUUAUAUAGCACUUGUUGCUGGAAUUAUUUGUAUAAUUGGACUACUUUUGCCUACUCAAGGUGAACAAAGUUUGAGCAUACCUGAGUAUCUUCAUUUGUCAAUUAAUUUCAAACUUAUAUUAUCUUUUGUGUUAGGAUUGGUUACAAUCAUAAUUUUAAGAUUGUAACCAUUAAUAAACAUCUGACGGAAAAAUUAAUAACUCAUGAGAUAAAUUUAAACGUAAUUAUUGAUAAAAACGCACAAUUUACGUAAGAAUUGUUUUAAAGUGAUAUUACGUAUUAUCUUUCUUUUUUUUUCAUUACACAACAUUUUUUUCUUUCAAUACUAGUCUGUAAAAAUAUAUAGAUAGAAUUUCGUGCCGUUUCCUUUCACUUAUUUGAAUAUAUAAUAACUAUAUAUAAUAUUUUUUUAUUUAUUACAUAAAAAAUCACGCUUAUUAAUUUAAUAAUGAAUCGUGGUAUUCUAUAUUU